CAAAAGGUUAAACUCAUCGGGAGGGAAACAAGAAUUGUUUAUUUAUAAUUAUGACUUGUUUUUCUUGAUAAUUUAUAUACAUGUCAUGACAUCGAAUUUUAUUAUACGAAAUUAUCCUUUUAUAAGUACAUUUUUAUUUAUUGAUGGGAUACAAUUAUUACGAAGAAUAUUAUUAUUAACAUAUAAAAGAUCCCACACUAUGCAAACAAAAUUAUAUCUUCUUUUUCAUAAAAUGAGUUGGAAUAAACAAAAAAUUGUCAGAAAAGGUACGUUGUAACUUCAUUGUACAUAUUAUGUAAUGUCAAUCUAAUUUAAUAUUAUCAAAGUAAAUGUCUCUUUUUAUUAUUUCCGCGUGUACAUACUUAGGAAGUAACAACAUUAAUUUUAAAGCAAAUUUUUAUUAUAUUGUAAUUUUUUUAAAUAGUAAAACGUAAAAGAAAUUCGUCCCUGACUUAAAACGAAAUGGAAAUUAUUUUCGUUAUAUAAAUUUAAAAAUACGUGUACAUAAUUAAUAUUCUGUUAAAAUAAUUGUGAACGGUAAGUCAUUCUUAUCAGAACGUAGUUUGAAAAUUUAACUUAUAACUACAGUUUAUUUUAUGUAUAGAAGAAUAUAAUUGUUUCUAUGAAAUCUUUCAUCGUAUUUAUAAUAGUCUUAAUUGACUCUAACAAUGCUCAAGUUAUUGACUUAUGCGACAGUAAAAUAUACUGCGAAGGACCACUAUUGCACACUGUUCAAUUAGCAAACAUUUUCAAUGACUCAAAAACAUUUGUCGACCUAUAUCAGAUAAAUUCUCCAUCAGUAACUAUAAAAAAUUUCGAAGCUCUCAUGAAAGAAACGAACAACCAUCCUUCAAGCCUUGAAGUCAAAACUUUUAUUCACAAGAAUUUCGAAUCGGAAAGUGAACUUGUACCAUGGACUCCAACGGACUACACUGACAAUCCACAGUUAUUAACCAAAAUCAAGAACACUACUGUAGCAGAUUUUGCUAGAAAAUUGAACAAAAUUUGGCUCACUUUGGCAAGAAAAGUCAAUUCUAGCGUUUCUAAAUUCCCGGAUAGGCAUUCUUUCAUUUAUCUUCCUGAAGGUGUUGUUAUACCUGGAGGAAGAUUUAAAGAAGUAUACUACUGGGAUACUUAUUGGAUUAUCAAAGGUUUGCUCAUUAGCGGAAUGGAGAAUACUGCAAGAGGAAUGUUGAAUAAUUUUGUGUCUUUAAUUAGAAGGUAUGGUUUUAUUCCCAAUGGUUCACGAGUUUACUAUUUAAACCGAUCUCAACCUCCUCUUCUAUCAGCAAUGGUGGGCCUUUACUUCGAAUAUACCAGAGAUAUAAAUUGGGUGAAAAAGAAUAUUGAUGCACUUGAAAAGGAACUGCUGUGGUGGUUGGAAAACCGAACAAUAACGGUUAUCAAACAAGGAUUAGUAUACAGACUAGCCCAAUAUUCGGUGAAAAGUGGGACUCCAAGACCAGAAUCAUAUAGGGAAGAUAUCGAAACUUGUAGUGCAUUUAAAAAUGAGGAAAAGAUAAAAUGUUACAAAAACCUCAAAAGCGGAGCAGAAUCUGGUUGGGAUUUCUCUUCAAGAUGGCUGGUUGGAUCAGAUGGAAGUAUCACUUCAAAUCUUGCAGACAUAGAUCUGACUCGAAUCGUACCAGUAGAUUUAAAUGCUUUCCUUUGUGGAGGCUUUGGCCAAAUUUCAAGAUUUUACAGCAUGCUUGGCAAAGUUGGUCGAUCAAUAAAAUGGAGAAAAAUGGAAAAUAUAUGGAUGGAAGGAAUUAAACAAGUAUUUUAUGAUUUUAAAGAUGGUACUUGGUAUGAUUGGGACAUUUCUGUAGGGCAACCGAGAAGAGGAUUUUUCCCUAGCAACUUAUCUCCGUUGUUUACAGAAUCUUACCAACCUUUCAUGAAAAAAUAUUACGGAUACCGGGCUAUUGAAUAUUUAAAUAAAAAUAAUAUAGAUUCUUUUAAAGGCGGUAUUCCAACAUCGUUAUUACAAUCUGGUCAGCAAUGGGAUUUACCGAAUGCUUGGCCACCUCUACAAGAUAUCAUCGUCACUGGUUUACUAAAUACAAAAAUCCCAGCUGGAAUUGAAAAAGCCAAACAAUAUGCUAGGUAUUCAUUAAAUGCUUUUAUAAUAGGAUUUCGAAACGCUUCAGAAAUGUUUGAAAAAUAUGACGCGUUUGUGUCUGGACAAUAUGGUGGCGGCGGUGAAUAUACGGUUCAGACUGGAUUUGGAUGGACGAAUGGAGCGGCGUUAUCAUUUAUAAAAUUACUAUAUCUUUAAAUAUAGGG